ACUGAAAUCUUUCUCAAAUUUACUUUACGAAUACUUUCGAUUUUCUAAAAACUGUUCGUAUAUCUUAUAUUCGAAUAUAUUGACCAAUCGUAGAUCUUGGCGCAAUUCUUGACUCGAGCCAAAAUCUGGACUUGUCAAAUCUCAAAUCACGAAUCGGUCACUGUGAAAUUGGAAAGAAAUGGUUGGAAGAAGAAAGGUGAAACCACCAGGGAGAUUUUUGGAGGGAGUUAUUAUGUGGUAUGUUGUACAAUUUACAUUGGACAAAGAGCUGAGUGAUCCAAUAUCAGGUGAAGACAUAGAGGACGAUGAUGGAAAGACAGCACUAGACAGAUCGUUUGCCGUUGGGGAUUCCUGCUCUGGGAUGUGGAGGGACGGGAAUUCCUACGAGGGGGAAAUUGUGUUUGCAUCAGACGAUAAAGAAAAAUGCUCAAAGUUUCUGAAAGAUAAAAGGAAACCGAACAAAGGAAAGAGGAAAUCAGAGAGUGAACUUGUAAAACAAAAAAAAGAAAAUGCAGAGAAAAAGAAAAAAGAAGAAAAACAAAGAGCUGAGACGGCAAUUAAAGAUGCUGAGGAAAUUUUUAAGCAAUGCAUGCCAACUUCCAAAACUUUAGGUAAUAACACGGUAGAAACUGUAACUAAUCAAUUCUUACCCCUGUUUCCAACACCAAAUAUUUCCUUGCCCUUUUCUAACCCUUGCCAACCUUCAACUACACUUCCAUAUACUAAUUCAGUGCCUCAUCAACCAUCUAUUAUUUCCCCUCUUAUCUCAAACCCUUCUGCACUGCCUUCUGCACUUCCUAUAUCUUCCCCGCCUGUCUCAAACCCUUAUGCACCACCCUCUGCACUUCCUGUCUCUUCCCCGCCUAUCUCAAACACUUAUGCACCACCUUCUGCACUUUCUGUUUCUUCCCCACCUGUCUCAAACCCUUCUGCACUACCAUCUGUACUUCCUAUGUCUUCUCCGCCUGUCUCAAACCCUUAUGCACCACCCUCUGCACUUCCCGUUACUUCUGCCCUUGGCUCAAACCCUUAUGCACCACCCUCUGCACUUCCUGUUUCUUACCUGCCUGUCUCAAACCCUUCUGCACUUCCUAUGUCUUCUCCGCCUGUCUCAAACCCUUAUGCACCACCCUCUGCACUUCCCGUUACUUCUGCCCUUGGCUCAAACCCUUAUGCACCACCCUCUUCACUUCCUGUUUCUUCCCUGCCUGUCUCAAACCCUUCUGCACUGCCCUCUGCACUUCCUAUGUCUUCUCCGCCUGUCUCAAACACUUAUGCACCACCCUCUGCACUUCCUGUUACUUCUGCCCUUGGCUCAAAUCCUUCUGCACCACCCUCUGCACUUCCUGUCUCUUCCCCGCCUAUCUCAAACCCUUAUGCACCACCCUCUGCACUUUCUAUGUCUUCCCCGCCUGUCUCAACCCCUUAUGCACCACCCUCUGCACUUCCUAUGUCUUCCCCGUCUGUUUUCAACUCUUAUGCACAACCUUCUGCACUUCCUGCUUUUUCCCCACCUGUCUCAAAACAUCAUGCACCACACUCUUCAUCACUUUCCACAUUAACUCCUAUAGAUCUACGACCACCAUCUCCUGUCUCAAACCCUUUAACAAAUUUCACCUCAUUAACGAACUCGGACUUUACUCAAUCGAAUCUUGGACCAUGUGAAACAUGCUUAGUUAAAGACCAGAGGUAUGAGAGUUUACAGACAUACAUGGAUCAGAUGGAGAGAGAUUUGGAUUACUGGAGAGGUGAAGCAACCAGAUUGAAAGAGGAACUAGAAUCCCGGACACAACACAAUGAAUCCUCUGCAAACAAUGUUGCCCUGUUUUCAAGCCAGGACCACUACAUGCCGAAAAGAGGCAUUAAGAUUAACAAAUGUAACUAUAAAAUCCUUGAAACUGACAGUCAUGCCCCACCAGGAUACGUUGAGCUGGUCGAGGGACAACCUCUCCUCGUGCCCGUCCCCUGGUUGAACGACAUCCAGGGGACAUUUAAAGGGAAAACGAAGUCGUGUGCUCUGAAACUAAUGAUCAAUGGGUUUUUCCAACCACAGGACGUGGUUGGAAAAACAGGAUGUGAAUUGGCAGAUACUCUGGUUGGAAAAGCCUUGAAAGCUUAUGCCUUAAAGACAUUCGGGCUGAACAGUAGAGCAGUGAUCACAGCUCUUAAUGAAAAGAUAGGGACAAUGGUCCGUGCAUACAAAAGAAACACCAAAACUCCAACCCAGUGAGCUGACCGGAAAAAAAAGAGUAAAAAAAAUUUUAAUUGAAACAAUGAACAGCAUUAUUAAAUAGUUUCAUAUAAAAUACUUCAAAGCAUCCAUAGUUGUAAAUAUUUGCUCCAAUAUCAGCCAUUAGACUCGCUCUUGUAUAGUUUUUUUUCCAGAUGUACAAACUGAGUAAAUAAAACAUUUUUCUUAAUGUUAUUUGUGAAAAAUGCUUUCAACUAAGGUUUUUUAUAUUCAUUUCACAAGUUAGUAAUCCUCUUUUCAUUUUUUUAUGUGAUUUAAAAUUCAAAUACCAGUGUUGUGAAGGUUCUCACAAAUAAUUGAAUUAAAUUUUGUGAAGGGGUGGAAUUCAAACUACUGAGAAAUCCAAUUGAUUUUUUCCCCCACAAAUGUGAUGGCAUUUUUCUAGUCAUGGUUGUGCUUUUAAUUUUCAUUUAUUUUGAUAAUUUCUGUUUGUAUUUUGGGUUUUACAUUUUAUAUACUGUUGACAAUGUAUAUGCUGAACAGACGUGUGUUUUUCUGUAUAUUUUUACAUUUAUUGUUGCAAACUAAUUUUAUGGCUUUUGCAAAAUGUAGCAUAAUAAAUGUUUUUUAUUGAUUCACGGAAAAAAUUAUAAUUUUUUUUUACUUACAUUUUUCAUGUAACUUUUUUUUCUAGUCAUUGUUACUUUUGUAAAUAGGUUUUAUUUUUUGUUUCUUUUACUAUUUGAAACCAUUGUACUUUGUUUUAUGCAUACUUGCUAAAUCGUUUUGAAGUUUUGUAGGUAUGUGUGAGGGUUUUUCC